AUGAAACGAACAAUCAGCACAUGUAAAGAAUACACAAAAACUUCCUGUACCAACACACACCUUUUUGUCCAUCAGAAGAUCCUUAAGGAGGAGGGCUGCUGGUGCCACGAAUGUGGGAAAUCCUUUUGCCGUCGAUCAGCUCUCAUUCAGCAUCAGAGAAUCCACACAGGAGAGCGACCCUUUAAAUGUAAUGAAUGUAGUAAAACUUUGAAUCAGAGGGCACACCUUAACCAGCACGAGAGAGUUCACACAGGUGAGAGACCAUAUGAGUGUAAGGAAUGUUGGAAGACCUUCAGCCAGAUUGCCCAUCUCGCUCAGCAUCAGAGUACACAUACUAGAGAGAAGUCCCACAAGUGCCGUGAAUGUGGAAAGGCCGUUAGCCGUUCCUCAGCUCUGAUUGUUCACCAGAGGAUUCACAGUGGGGAGAAACCCUACAAAUACCUUUUGCCGGUCAUGCAACUUACACUUCGCAGGAGAAUUCAUACUGGCGAGAAACCCUAUGAAUGUAAGGAAUGUGGCAAAACCUUUUCCUAUAGGUCCCAUUUCAUCAUUCAUAGGAGGACUCAUACAGGGGAGAGACCUUACGAAUGUCACGUGUGUGGGAAAACUUUCAAUAACCACUCUUCACUUGUCACACACCACAGGACGCACAGUGGGGUGAAGCCAUUCAGAUGCCACACAUGCGGGAAGGCCUUUAAUACUUCAUCGCUUUGUCAGCAUAAGAUUCAUACUGACGAAAAGCCCUUUGAUUGCCCCGAAUGUGGGAAGCCUUUCAGGUGCAGGUCACAGCUUACGCACCAUCAGCGAAUUCAUGGCGAAGAAUGUUAG